AUGGCCAUCAGCCCCAUUACCGGAAUGCUGCGACGACGCUUGGUCCUGGACCUUGCUAUCGGACUGGGUAUGUCUUUCCGGAGGUCACGAGGAGUUGGAGCUGUUGAUUGGGUGCCGAGGCAUCUGGCGAGGCAUUGGAGGUCGCGGCUAACUGGGAUUGCAGGAUCUGGCUUCGUCAUGGCCAAUUACUUCUGGUACGGCUUCCACCUUCCCCGGACCCACGCCCGCGACGCCUACUACGGCAAGCUCGAGGAGAAGCGCGCCCAGGCCAAGGCCAACUAA